AGGAGGUGCCGGGGUAGGAAGUGGGCUGGGGAAAGGUUAUAAGCGGCCCUAGCCCUCGGCUCCUCUCCAUCGAGGUCCGCUAGAGGCUCAGAGCGCGCCGGACGGACACUUCUCGAGGCUCUUCCCCGGCGGCUGGGCUUGGAGCGGCUCCGGGACUGCAGCGCCGCCGCCAAGGACGCAGGGCUGCGAGGAUUACCCGACCAGUGGCGUCUCCCUGACUGGAGCCGCAGAGAGGGGCGCUCGGGGCGCGGGAACGGAGUGCGGGGCCGGCGGCGGCGGAGAGCGAGAAGACAAGCCCGGCGGCUGGGUCAGUCCCCGCCAGGAGCGCGGGCACCAGGCGGGCAGGCCACGUCGCGCUCACCAUGGUCUCCUGCUGGGACACCGGGGUCCUGCUGUGCGCGCUGCUCGGCGGACUGCUGCUCACAGGAUCUAGUUCAGACUCAAAAUUAAGAAGUCCUGAACUGAAUUUAAAUGGCACCCAGCAUGUCAUACAAGCAGGCAAGAAGCUAUCUAUCAAAUGCAGGGGGAAAGCAGACCACUCGUGGUCUUUGCCUGAAACAGUGAGUAAGGAAAGUAAAAGGCUGAACAUAACUAAAUAUGCCUGUGGAAAGGGCGGCAAGCAGUUCUGCAGCACUUUGACCUUGACCACAGCCGAGGCAAACGACACCGGCUUCUACAGCUGCAAGUAUCUAUCUCCUGCUUCAAAGAACAAGCUAACAGAAUCUACAAUCUAUAUAUUUAUUAAUGAUACAAGUCGACCUUUCUUGGAGAUGCACACUGAAAUGCCUGAAGUGAUAAAUAUAACUGAAGGAAGGCCGUUCGUCAUUCCCUGCCGGGUUACGUCACCUGACAUCACUGUUACUUUAAAAAGGUUUCCAUUUCAUACUCUGAUCCCUGAUGGAAAAAGAAUAACCUGGGACAGUAGGAAGGGCUUUUUAAUUUCAAAUGCAACAUACGAAGAAAUAGGCCUUCUGACCUGUGAGACAACUGUCAACGGACAUUUGUACCAGACAAACUAUCUCACAUAUCGACAAACCACUACAAUCUCAGAUGUCCAAAUAAGCCCACCAAGCCCUGUCAAGCUACUCAGAGGUCAGACUCUGACCCUCAACUGUACUGUCACCACACCCUUCAAUACGAGAGUUCAAAUCAAAUGGACUUACCCUGGUGAAACAAAUAAGAGUGCCUCUAUAAGGCGUCGAUUUGACCAAAGCAGUCCCCAUGGCAAUAUAUUCUACAGUAUUCUCGUUAUUAACAAAGUGCAGAGCAAAGACAAAGGCAUUUACACCUGUCAUGUGACAAGUGGCCCAUCCUACAGAUCUGCGAACACCUCAGUGCUUGUAUAUGAUGAACCAUUCAUUACUCUGAAACAUCGAAAACAGCAGGUGCUUGAAACUGUAGCUGGCAAGAAGUCUUACCGGCUGUCGAUGAAAGUGAGGGCAUUUCCCCCGCCAGAAGUGGCAUGGCUAAAAGAUGGGUUACCUGUGAUGGAGAAAUCUGCUCGCAAUUUUGUUCAUGGCUAUUCAUUAAUUAUUAAAGAUGUAGCUGCUGAAGACACAGGGAAUUACACAAUCUUGCUGAGCAUAAACCAGUCAAACGUGGUUAAAAACCUCACAGCCACUCUACUCGUAAAUGUGAAGCCCCAGAUUUACGAAAAGGUGGUGUCAUCGUUUCCAGAACCAACUCUCUACCCACUUGGCAGCAGACAAAUCCUAACCUGUACCACUUACGGUAUUCCUCAACCUACAAUCAAGUGGCUCUGGCAUCCCUGCAACCAUAACCAUUCAAAAGCAAGGUAUGACUUUUGCUCCAAUAAUGAAGAGUCCUUUAUCCUGGAUCCUGACAGCAACAUAGGAAACAGAAUUGAGAGCAUCACUCAGCGCACGGCAAUCAUAGAAGGAAAAAAUAAGACCGCUAGCUCCUUGGUUGUGGCUGACUCUAGAAUUUCUGGAAUCUACAGCUGCAUGGCUUCCAAUAAAGUAGGGACUGUGGAAAGAAACAUAAACUUUUAUAUCACAGAUGUACCAAAUGGGUUCCACGUUAACUUGGAAAAAAUGCCUACGGAAGGAGAGGACCUGAAACUGUCUUGCACAGUUAGCAAGUUCUUAUACAGAGACAUCACUUGGAUUAAGCUGCGGACAGCUAAUAACCGAAGCAUGCACCACAGGAUUAGGAGGCAAAAAAUGACCGUCACGAAGGAGCACUCCAUCACGCUUCACCUUCUCAUCAAGAAUGCUUCCCUGGAAGACUCAGGCACCUAUGCCUGCAGAGCCAGGAACAUAUACACAGGGGAAGACGUCCUUCAGAAGAAAGAAGUUACAAUUAGAGAUCAGGAAGCACCAUACCUCCUGCGAAACCUCAGUGAUCACACAGUGGCUGUCAGCAGCUCCACUACUCUAGACUGUCAUGCUAACGGCAUCCCUGAGCCUCAGAUCACCUGGUUUAAAAACAACCACAAAAUACAACAAGGACCUGGAAUUAUUUUAGGACCAGGAAGCAGCACGCUGUUUAUUGAAAGAGUUACAGAAGAGGAUGAAGGCGUCUAUCUCUGCAAAGCCACCAACCAGAAGGGGUCUGCGGAAAGCUCAGCAUACCUCACCGUUCAAGGAACCUCAGACAAGUCAAAUCUGGAGCUAAUCACUCUCACGUGCACCUGUGUGGCUGCGACGCUCUUCUGGCUACUGUUAACUCUCUUCAUCCGAAAACUGAAGAGGUCUUCUUCUGAAAUAAAAACUGACUACCUAUCAAUUAUAAUGGACCCAGAUGAAGUUCCCCUGGAUGAGCAGUGUGAGCGGCUCCCGUAUGAUGCCAGCAAGUGGGAGUUUGCCCGGGAGAGACUUAAACUAGGCAAAUCACUUGGAAGAGGGGCUUUUGGAAAAGUGGUACAAGCAUCUGCAUUUGGCAUUAAGAAAUCACCCACCUGCCGGACUGUGGCUGUAAAAAUGCUAAAAGAGGGGGCCACAGCCAGCGAGUACAAAGCUCUGAUGACUGAGCUCAAGAUCCUGACCCACAUUGGCCACCACCUGAAUGUAGUCAACCUGCUGGGAGCCUGUACCAAGCAAGGAGGGCCUCUGAUGGUGAUCGUUGAAUAUUGCAAAUAUGGAAAUCUGUCCAACUAUCUCAAGAGCAAACGAGACUUAUUCUUUCUCAACAAGGAUGCAGCAUUACACAUGGAGCCUAAGAAAGAAAAAAUGGAGCCAGACGUGGAGCAAGGCAAGAAACAAAGACUAGACAGUGUCACCAGCAGCGAGAGCUUCGCGAGCUCCGGCUUUCAGGAAGAUAAAAGUCUGAGUGAUGUGGAGGAAGAGGAGGAUUCUGACGAUUUCUACAAGCAGCCCAUAACUAUGGAAGAUCUGAUUUCUUACAGUUUUCAAGUGGCCAGAGGCAUGGAGUUUUUGUCUUCAAGAAAGUGCAUUCAUCGGGACCUGGCAGCACGAAACAUUCUGUUAUCUGAGAACAACGUGGUGAAGAUUUGCGAUUUUGGCCUUGCCCGGGAUAUUUAUAAGAACCCCGAUUAUGUGAGAAAAGGAGAUACGCGACUUCCCCUGAAAUGGAUGGCUCCUGAAUCUAUCUUUGACAAAAUCUACAGCACCAAGAGCGACGUGUGGUCUUAUGGAGUACUGCUAUGGGAAAUCUUCUCCUUAGGUGGGUCUCCGUACCCAGGAGUGCAGAUGGACGAGGACUUCUGCAGCCGCCUGAAGGAAGGCAUGAGGAUGAGGGCUCCUGAGUAUGCAACUCCCGAAAUCUAUCAGCUCAUGCUGGACUGCUGGCACAGAGACCCCAAAGAAAGGCCAAGAUUCGCAGAACUGGUGGAAAAACUAGGCGAUUUGCUUCAAGCCAAUGUACAACAGGAUGGCAAAGACUAUAUCCCACUAAAUGCCAUAUUGACAGGAAACAGUGGGUUCACAUACUCAACUCCUGCCUUCCCUGAGGACUACUUCAAGGAAGAUAUUCCAGCUCCAAAGUUUAAUUCAGGAAGUUCUGAUAAUGUCAGAUAUGUAAAUGCUUUCAAUUUCAUGAGCCUGGAGAGAAUCAAAACCUUUGAAGAACUUUCACCAAAUGUCACCGCUAUGCUUGAUGAUUACCAGGUGGACAGUAGCGCUCUGCGGGCCACCCCUUUGCUGAAGCGCUUCACCUGGACCGAGAGCAAACCCAAGGCCUCUCUAAAGAUUGAUUUGAGAGUAACCAGUAAGAGUAAGGAGUCGGGGCUUUCUGACCUCACCAGGCCUCAGUUCUGCCAUCCUGACUGUGGGCACGUCAACAGAGGCCAGCGCAGGUUCACCUACGACAACUCCGAGCUGGAAAGGAAGGUCUCGUGCUGCUCUCCUCCCCCAGACUACAACUCCGUGGUCUUGUAUUCCACCCCACCUGUCUAAGCGUGACGGCCUGGUUUCUAGAACCACAUGCAGAUGUAUACCCCAGAAAACGAGCUUCUGCCAGUAUUAUGCACAUAGAAGUGUACACCUCUGCCUCUCCGCAGGGGCUAGAUGCUCCUGUGGUUUUUAACAGUGCUUUUUUCUUUUGACUAACCAGAAUGUAACCCCCAGAUAAAUAGAGUAAGAGUGACAAGUGAAGGCCAAACCCUCAUUCAGUGUGUUAGAGAAAUUCUUUCAGGUCCAAAGACUUCCUGCUCCUUGCCCCCAGGCCUCAGGCCUGGACAAUUCAGGAGACGCAGCAUGCACCCAGGGAUGGCAGCCCGAGCUGGCCUACCCAAGCCCGGGGCCUCCAGCAGACAUGGCUGUGAGGAGGAAAAGGAAAAAGGGAGAAAAGAAGAAAAGAGAAAACAGGACAGAGCACAAGAAGGGAGAAUUUGAGCUGGGCCACAUGGAAGGAGUGGAAGAGGGCUACCAACAAGGACGCUGAAGAGGUUCCGAAACCCUACCUAACCCACUCCAUUUGAGAACCCCGCCAGGGAGCCAAGAGAAUAGAGGGAUGAGGGGACUUUUUCUGGACUCUGGGAGGCAAGAAAAGGACAAACAUUUUUUGGAACAACAAAGCAUAUUUUAAAACAUUAGCUACAGGACUGGUUCUCUGUCCAUUCCCAUAUAUGACACAUUUUUUAUUUCUGUCACUGAGGCUGUUGCUCAUUGAGCCCACACUGCCGGCCCCUCUAGCAAGUACACUGCACACUUACCUGAGCUAAGCUGGAAUAUUAGUUCAGGGCAUGUAGCAUAUUGUUCUUAGUAAGCUAACUGGAACGGCUGGUCUGUGAGGGUUACCUGUUGGGCUUAAAGCCCCAUUUAAAAAAAUCAGAUUCUAUUUUGAGUGUUAAUAUAUAGUCAAGACACUUAACUCAAUGUUUUGCAUUUGCCUAUUUUAUACAGUUAGUUAUAAAAGGAAGCUGAGGAGAAUGAGGGCAGAAGGAAUAAGGAAGAUGAGGCAGAGUGAAAGCCCUCUCUGUGCCAACCAAACCACCUCACUGCAACAGGCGGCCCGGAGGCUGUGUGAUAGGGAUCCCACUUCCCAGUCUGUCUCCUGGGAAGGCGGGUUAGAGUAUUAACCAAGGUUUAUUAAGCACUUUAUGCUCCUUGAGAAAAAGGUGAUAGUAAAGUAUUUCUGGAAUUGGGACUCAGGACAUUAAUCCGCCAUCCACAGGAGAAAAGCCUCUUUCAUCUGCUUUCGCCUUGCCUUGGCCUGAGGAUGAUGGAAAAGGGAACAGGUGCGCAGGGUGCCCACUCCCCAGGGUGGAGGGCCGGGUCUGCGGCGGGCUCCGCCUGAUGCUCUGUAUUUAGAAUGUUUGGAGCCUGUCAGAGCUGGGCAGGCAGCAGAGAAGAUGCGGUUCCCUUGAUGCAUGCAACUGAACUGUAGAAGCCGGAACACAGGUAAUAGCAGCAUCCUUCCCGUGUCACAGUCUUGUUUCAAGGUUCUUUGUAUGGAGAGAUGGGGACUGGGCACAUCCCCAGUGAGCCAGUGGGAGCGCCCACGUGGCUCUGCAGGAGGGGCCUCCGGCCAGCAGAGCAGGGAGUCCGGCCUCUCCACCAAGCCAAGGCCCAACAAAAUCAGCCGGGACGGGGAAAGCUUUGUUCUUCCUCUUCUUCACCGGAACGAAAUCACCAGGGACAACUGGCAAUAGUGUAAACCAGGUAACCAAGAGGAAGGUAAACACAGGGAAGGUAAAAGAAGACCUCAAUCCAUUCUCUAGUUUUCUCCAAUUAGAUAAGGACCCAGCAAAUAGUGAAGGUCACGGAAAACCUUAGCUAUCUGUAUUAUGUGCUGAUUUUAAUGAUCUCAUUCUUAAUCAUUGAGACCUUAGUAAUACCACCUCACCAAAAGGAACAAUCUAUUAUUGGUGUCAGUUCCGUUUUUUGAAAGACUCAGGUUUGUAGCCUAUGUGAGUCCAUCCAAAAAGGUUCCCAUCUGGAGUCCCAACACAGACAGGAAAACAGGAGCUUGUAGCAACAUGUCGUGGGGUAGUUGCAUGGUGCUUGCCACAGGCGAGUUCAUUAAAACAGCACUGAAAACUGAAACACUAAUUAACUGAUGCUGGUAUUAAAUCAUUUGUCACUUAUGGCAAAAAUGGUUGGCAGUGGCAAGGAAAGAACCAGCACCUCUUUUAGGAUUUGUGAGAUCACGUAUGUGGAACUGCACAGGCGGGAGGGGACAAACCAUAUGCAAGUGUAGGUCUCGUUUAAGACAUGAUGCCCACACCUUAUUUGAGCCCACGCAAUAUAUCUGUCCUAAUCCUGGAAACUGUUACUUAGGCCUUUUAGCUGUGCCUUACUUCCCAGCCUGGAAGAAUGUCAAACAUGAAACAUAUUUGCCAGCUCCUUUGAGCUGAUUAAAGGAGGAGCGCGUCUUUGACUGACAGUGGUAGUAACUAUAUGUGUAUAUAUAUAUGCGUGUGUAUGUGUUUUGUGCAGAACUAUUUAAGGAAACUGGAAUUUUAAAGUUACUUUUAUACAAACCAAGAAUGUAUGCUGCAGAUAUAAGACAUAAUUUGGUCCUUUAUAUCUAGUCACUAUGAAUGUAUUUUAUAUACUAUCUUCAUUUAAUAAAGUU